AACAGUGGUAAUAGAAGUAACCUCCCACGGCCUACAAAGCGGAAUUCGAAAAGAUGACACGGAGAGUGAUUAGCUUCGGCAAAAGGGCCUUGGAUGGAGCGAGCAGGUCGGAUGAUUCCAAGGAGAAGCACCUUAAGAGGCAAAGGUCUGAGAAAUUAGAGCCCAAGACUAAAGUUCUGUUGAAGUGCAUAUGUUUAGAAGCGAAAUACUCCCGUGACAAGGGCAAGUUCAUCGACGUAUAUUAUUCCAACGAGACAAUAUCGUCCAAGGAUUCAGUUUCUCCAACACCGGCCAAUGAACUCAAUGCGGCUGCCGUUAUGCUUCAGAAAGUUUACAAGAGUUACAGAACAAGACGGACCCUUGCAGAUUGUGCAAUUGUCAUUGAGGAGCUCUGGUGGAGAUGGUGCGACUUUACAGAGCUUCAACAGAGUUCCAUCUCUUACUAUGACACCGAAAAGCCGGAAACUGCCGUUUCAAGGUGGGCAAGGGCAAGGACACGAGCUGCGAAGGUAGGGAAGGGUCUUUCCAAGGAUGAGAAAGCUCAGAAACUAGCCUUGAGACACUGGCUUGAAGCUAUUGACCCGUGCCAUCGUUACGGACACAAUCUACAGUUCUACUACGAUGUCUGGUUUGCAAGUGAGAGCUCACAACCUUUCUUUAUUGGUAAAUCCUUGAUAAACAACAAAGCUACAGUAUGGUUGGACAUCGGAGAUGGGAAAGAAGUGAAUCUCGAAAAGUGCUCAAGAAACGCUCUUAAGCAUCAGCGCGUCACAUAUCUUGGACCUAAAGAGAGGAAGGCUUAUGAAGUGAUCAUAGAGAAUGGGAAGCUUGUCUAUAGACAAGGCGGCGUGCCUCUUAACACGGUGGAGGGAUCGAAAUGGAUCUUUGUCCUUAGCACGUCGAGGAAUUUGUACGUCGGACGGAAGAUAAAAGGUCAAUUCCAGCACUCCAGUUUCUUGGCGGGAGGAGCCGCCACCGCGGCCGGAAGAUUGGUCGCGCAUGACGGCAUCCUCAAGGCGAUAUGGCCUUACAGUGGUCACUAUCACCCAACAGAAGAGAAUUUCAUGGAGUUCAUCAGCUUUCUUCGAGAACACGAUGUGGAUUUGACCAAUGUCAAGCGAUGUGCGGCGGAUGAUGAGAUUCCGCCAAAACUUACUCUUAAGGAACUGUCCGAAUCCACUGAAGACUGUGACGACGAAUCAACAGCAAGUCAUGCAAUCUCAAGCGCAUACAAUGACGCUCUCGACAGAACCAAGGCCGAGGGAGAUAAACCGGUCUGUAAGUCAGGGAAGCCGCUGAGGCUGAAAUGGAGCACAGGAGCGGGCCCGCGAAUCGGGUGCGUGAGAGAGUACCCAUCGAGCCUACAAUUCCAGGCGCUCGAGCACGUGAAGCUAUCUCCGAGGAGCCUCGGCGCCAACAGUUCCUUAACCUGUAACGGCCCUAUCCCGUCGCCACGGCCCAGUCCUAGAAUCCACCUCUCGCCUCGGAUCGCCUACAUGGGGUAACCAGCCCGCAGUGUGCAUGAUUCGCUAGAUACUCCCUCAGGUUCGACGGAUCAGCCAUUUUGACGCGUUCCGGUCCCGGGGUAAUUCAUUGCAGAGAUCAACACAGAUUUACGCCUAACUUAAGUCCCAAACGGUACAGAAUAACAUGUUGGGGGACCAUCAUCACACGAGGCGGCGCACUUCUUUAUUUGUUUAUUUGUAUCUUUCCUAAGAUUUCACACUGCACAGGCGUUCCCAUUGUCUAAAGAAACUUUCAACGAAUCUUUUUCCUGAUCUAA